GUGAGGUCGCAUCAGUCGGGUUUCUGCGCUUGCUGGAGAAGGGUGUGCAUCUUUGUCCAUCCGCGUUUUCGAUCACAAUAACUUAGGCUUUUAUAUUUAUUACUUAAAAACUUCGCUCUAAGUUUUAUUCAAUUGUAGGUUUAAUAUACAUUAUUUUUAAGUGUGUUUUUAGUUUUGGUUUAGUGUGUUUCAUCUAUAUUAGUGUGUUAAAUAAUUUAACGAUUCAUUCCAAGCCAUGGCUAAAACAGAGAAAUCGUUCCCAAGGAAUUUUACAGGUUGCCUAACAUGCGUCCAAGUGCUGAACCUGAUGGUGCUACUCGGGUUCAUGCUGAACUACGCCCUGCGCGUCAACCUCACCAUCGCGAUCGUGGAGAUGAUCUUCGACGAGAAAGACCUGCAGGCUGCCGCGAACCUCACGGACUCCUUGAACGUUACAGAGAACUUUCAGCAUCCAGAGCACAUCCAACAAACCCGCUACCACUGGGACACGAAGCAAAAGAACCACCUCCUGGGUUCCUUCUUCUGGGGUUACGUGCUCACAGAGGUGCCGGGUGGACGACUGGCGGAGGUGAUAGGCGCCAGGCGAGUCUUCGGCUACAGCACUCUGCUGGCCAGCAUCCUCACCCUGCUGUCACCAUGGGCAGCUGCUCUAGGCUUCGGCUGGAUAGUGGCACUGCGCGUGGUCCUGGGGUUCCUCCUGGGUGCGACCUGGCCGGCCAUCCUGCCCAUGGCCUCCAAGUGGGUGCCGCCGAUGGAUAGAUCCAAAUUCAUGUCUAAUAUGAUGGCGUCAUCGCUCGGUGCAGCUCUCACGAUGCCCAUAUGCGGUUUCCUGAUAGCGCAUUUCGGAUGGGAGUCCGCCUUCUAUUUCACUGGUAUAAUCGGUGUGAUGUGGUCGGUGGCCUGGUUCGCUGUGGUGUACGACUCACCAGCUCAGCAUCCGCGCAUCUCGGACCAUGAGAGAAACUACCUUAUGAAGGCGUUGCCUCAGGACAAUAAUAAGGGGCACAAUCCAGUACCAUGGCGCAGCCUCCUCUCAUCACCAGCGGUCUGGGCCAUCGUCAUCACCCACGGCGCCUCGGUGUUCGGUUACUUCACCGUUGUUAAUCAACUGCCGACCUAUAUCGAGAGCAUAUUGAAGUACAACAUCAAACACAACGGUCUCCUGUCUUCCCUCCCGUAUCUGGGCAAGUACCUGUGCGCUCUGGCAUCCUCAGUGCUGGCCGACUCUCUGCGCAGGACCGGCCGCCUGUCCACCACCACCGCUAGGAAACUGUUCACGGGAUUCGCUGUUGGGUUGCCUGGCAUCCUGAUGAUAGCGCAGGCGUUCUUCGGCCACGACCGCGUGUGGUCGAUCGCCAUCUUCACGGUCGCGCUGACCAUCAACGGCGCCGUCACCGCCGGCUACCUCGGCAACGGGCUCGACAUCGCGCCCAACUUCAGCGGAACCAUUUUCGGCAUUGCCAACACACUGUCUUCAUUCGGAGGCUGGCUCUCGACGUUCAUGGUGGGAGAACUCACCAAACACCACAACACAUACGAACAAUGGCAGAUCGUGUUCUUCAUCCUAGCCGGCACGUACACGGCCGGCGCGUUGGUGUUCACCAUCUUCGGCUCCGGCGAGCUGCAGCCCUGGAACUCGCCGCAGGGCGCGCCCAGCAAAGAGGAGCAGCCGCUCAACGACAAGGAGGUUAAGGUCUAGGGAGGUGGAGGGGAGUUGGAGGGGAUUUCAGGGGGAGUUGGUAGAGGCAGAUAGCUAGUGGGUGUGACAUGUGACAUGCGAGAUGAUACUCCGCCUAAUAUUCUGCCACUCCAUUCCAAAAGGUCGUAUCCAUAUAAAAUAUAAAAAUUUUCAACUCGAAAUGUUUUAAUUGAAACUUCCUGGCACGUUAAAAGUACAGAAAUAAGCCAAUAGAUUGUAUGAACGCUCAUAUACAAUUGUAUUUAGUUUCCAAACACAAGAUGCGGUUCAUAACUCGUCCCCUCCAACACGUGUAGUAUAUUAUCUCAUACUAUCUGUUAUGUACAAACAAGACAAAUUCGUAGGAAAAAUUAUUUAUUUAUUAAUAAUUAUAAAUGUUCGUGUUCACCUGUGUUUAUGUAUCUACAGUCUGUACAUUACAACGUUGCGAUCCACGCAUUCUUCUGAAUGAUUUUUAACUAGAAUUAAAAUGUAUUCAACUGGAUGAAAAAUCGCGACUUAUUUUUAAAAUACUUACCAUAUUGGUAUAGUUGUUUUUUCUUCAUUUAAGUCAAUAGAAACAACUUUUUAGUCUUUAUGUAAUUUUGUUUAACAAGAUUUAGUUAUAUGAUAUAAAUUUUGAUUCAAUAUUUUCGGCAAUAAAUAUUGAAUCAAAUUUUGUUAUUUAUGAAGUUACUUUUACAAUAUAUCUUGCAUGAAGUAAGUUAUGUGAAAGUGAUUUCUGUUAUCGCGUGCCACGCACAGAGGUAAUGCUUCUCAUGACCUGAAUCAUUAACGAAUUGUGUCAUAAAUAAUGGCAUUACUUUGUAUGAUAUUCGGAAAAGAGAUGGCAACACGGCAUAACAGAAACAGCUGUAUCGGCCAAAUUUGUAAUACAAUUCUUUAUUGAGUCAGGUCAUACGUUCUUAUAAAGAAUGUGAAGUUUUAUUUCAAAAAAGGCUGAUAAUGAUUGUGAUUUAAUGACGUCCCGGCUCGCGCAACGGACUCACGAUUGUCAAGUGAUAGGAACCCGACUCAUUGUAAAAUCUAGACCUAAGUUCAUAGGAGUGCUUUGUGGGGGCCCUCUAAAAAUCUUCAAUGCACAAAAACACUAUCUUAAUAGGUAUGAUAUUGUUCUGAAGCAAAUACUUUUUUAAGCAGAUAAUUUCCAAUUAAAAGAUAUUGUAUUUCGGGACCAAAGGGCCGCUUCCUAGACUCCAUAAGUGUAAGUCUAUUUUAGUAUUUUCAUAAGUAUCGAUUAUUUAUUUUUCUAAUGCGAGUAUUUAGGAAAUUCACAGCCAUUCUCGUUUUAUCCGGGGUCGCGCGGCGAUUCUGUGGAACCAUAGACAAGUCUCGUUUGUAACCGUAAGACGUAGAUAUUAAGGGUAAGCCAUGUUUCGCACUUAGCUUUAUUACAAGGGACAAUGCAUCGCUAUUUUGUGCAUUUCAACAACUGUGAUAAAGAGGUUUGUCUAUGGCAUAUCGCUUUAGUGUCUUUUGCUCUUGUGUCUAUAGUACUUUUUUGAAUUUCGAAUUUUUAAUGGCUAUUUGUAGUUCCUAAAUUACGAUCAGUAUUUCGUUUUUCGUGUCCGAGCCACAGAUAACGUUACAAUUGCAGGGUAUUCGCGUUGUAUAAAUUUAAGGCAGUCUGUGGCAAUUUAUAUAUUCUGUACCGAUAGUUUUUAGCCCAUUUCAUAAUGCUAUAUAAAUAUCAUACUUGAUAAGUAGAUAAAUAUGAUAUGGUUACUUUAACAGAAUGAACAAACAUAAUAAAUGUGUAUGUCCAUAUAAAAUAGUUGUAUGAAUGUGAAGCAAUAAAUAUGCAAACAAGUCCCAAUGAGCAAAUGAUGAUUUUAAUAGUAAUAAAUGAAUUUUGUACAAUUUGCAUUUUUCGAUGUCUUUAUCCAUGAUGUAUUUGUAAGAAAUUCUGAUGUGUAUAGAGAAGCAUUUCAUGUGUAAUUGAGCUAUUUAUAUGUGAAUAUUUAAAACUGUAUCAUUCUAACGCAUGUAACGUUAAGACUUGUUGAAUGUCUCCAAUGACUAUGUAAUUUGUGAACCAAUUUUUUUUUU